CUAUUAUUUAAUAACACGCUCGCGAACUGCAUUCGACUUGAUUUUGUAAAUUUGUUAAUGAAAAUGUUUCGCAAACAAAUUGGAAAACUUUCAGUGGUGUCGGCACACCUUCAACGGAAUCCCAUUGCAAUAUGUGUAUCCAGUCGCACUGCAGAAAUGUCCACAAAAGUGGCACCGGCUUCGGAAGCUCCACCCAUUAAUGAGUUUCGUACAAACGUAACGAAUCCCGGGGAGCACUCGGCGUUGCAAGUGGCGAAAUUCUACACGAUACCAGCGGAACAAAAGAAGCAAAUCUUUACCGGAGGCGGCUUACCAAAGCAGUACGAGCAACAGAUAAAAACCUUUACCGAGGCUUGUCUAAUGGUGCGGUCUCCUGGUCUGGAGCUGCUGCACUACAUCAAGAACGCGGAUCUAACGAAACCCGCUGUGCGUUACGUGCUUUAUGGCGACAAUGGGGUGGGAAAGACGUUGACUAUGGCACAUGUGUUGCACUACGGUGCGUUGAACGACUUUCUGUUGGUGCAUGUACCUUGGGCUCCCAACUGGAUGAAACGGCCCAAAGAGGCAUCAAAUUCAGCCAGCCAGGAGGGCUUCAUUGACCUUCCGUUCGAUGCUGCCGCUUGGCUGGUGCAUUUCAAGAAUCAGAAUGCACAGUUGCUCCAGAAAUUGCAGCUGAAAACCAGCAAGGAAUAUGUGUGGAGUAAGCGAGAAAGCACACCAGCUGGAUCCUCCCUGAUUGAGCUGGUCGAGCAUGGCGUUGCACGCAUCAAGUAUGCAUCGGAAACAACAGCUGCGCUGAUCUCGGAACUGAAGCUGUUGGCCACCAAUGGCCAGUGUAAAAUAAUGGUAGCCAUCGACGGAUUCAACGCCUUCUUCCAUCCUAUCACGCGUAUCUUCUCCGACAACAAACAGCGUGUGUCGCCAGAUCGCAUUACCCUCACGCAGCCCUUCCUGGAUAUAACCAGCUACGACUGGACGAAUGGCGUCUGCGUUCUAUCUGUUGACAAAAUAGCCAUGACCGAGGGUUAUAUGGACUCCUAUAUGCCCCGCUAUUUGCUUGGCAAGGAAGGAUUUGAGCAUUUGGACCCCUUCGUGCCAAUUCAGGUCAGCAAUUAUACUGACAAAGAGUUCUUGAGCUACAUCAAUUAUUACUUGGAUCGCCACUGGAUCUCGAAGACGCCGCCGGGUUUCGAGAAUCAGCUCAAGUUUAUGAGCAACAUGAAUCCUUACACACUAAUGCAGCUUGUGAGGGGAUUGUAGAUCUUUUGAGUUCAUUUGUUGCUAGCUUAUAAAAUGUAAUUAAUUAAAAUAAACGAAAUUAUAAAAAAAA